GGUCAGCCCUGAAUACAGGGGUGAAGUACGACUGUCGAGGAAAAUAUCCAUGCGAUAUCAGUGUUUUGUUGUGGCAGCGGAAUAGGAGAUUGAAGUAUUUGUGUGGAAGCUGUAAAGAAACUUACCCAGAUUCACAUUGAAGGAGCGAAUAGAAACAUCAUGAGUUCCUCUUCCUCGAGCACAGCAUCCGGAUCCGCAUCGUGGGCUGUUGUUGCUGCUCCGCGUUCAGCGACGUUUUCGGAUCUGCUCGUACAAAGCGGCACCAUACGCCAUGCGGACGAAAACGUGGAAAAAACUACAAACAAGAAAAAAACUACGGGCCUUGAGUACAACGAAUGGAUUAGCGCGCUGCAGGAUGCGAACAGCAGGAAUUUCGAAAAGCAAGUUGUGGCUGCCAAGGUGCUCUGCAAUGCAGCUUACUUUUUUUUUGAGCUUGGCAUGUUCAUUCAUCAUGAUUUAUUUUUGUAUGGGAGUGCUUAUCAAGGUCGUUUGCGCAUGAGCAUAUACCGACUGGCUCCCUGACACUGAGGCUCUACCUUUUUAAAACAGGUGAACGCUUGGCAGUUUAGUAUCUUCCGAGGUCGACGGACCAGUGCGACCCUACCGAAACGCCUUCCCGAAGAUGUAGUCGGGUUGGUACAGAAGUUCAUUGGUCCGGCUGCUACCGCCAAACUGCAAACGGUGCCGAACUUGCGCUCAGAGCUCGAGCGUCUGUCGGACGUGGAGCGUGCCCGUGGGUACAAGCGGGUUGUGGAAUACUUCCUCAAGCUGGCGCGGGAAGUUGCCGCCAAGGGUGGGUCUAUCUUGGAGAUCUCACAAGCUACGCACGAGGCCGCGCCGAAAAUGUCGGACGGCUCCACGGCAGACAUCCGCCCGGUAUUUGAAGUGCUAGAAGCGAAGGGUUACAAAGUGCGUGACGCUCGCGGCUGGUAUCGGGAACAUGUCGACUUUAGAACAGACGGCUACCCGCAUCGGCUCGAGUUUAACUUCGACGUCGAUAGCGCCACGUACAUGCGAGAGCUCGUGGACGAACUCGAAGGUGGUCGCGCGUCCAUGAACUCGUCCGAUCAGGUGUCUAGCGACGGGGUCAAUUCCAAGUUCGCCAAGAUCUUUGUCGAUUCUCUGUUAAAAGUGGAAGACGCAGCGUACCAGUAUGUGAUCAAUCUCGUCGAGGAGAAUCUCGCCCGUUCCAGCUUUCGGUUCGUUUUAACCGACGAGAUCUACCAAGGUGCGCCGAAGUUGCCCGAUGGGGGCGACUACCCGAUGUUCCCACGCGAUGUUAGUGAAGUUUCUGGCGGCGAGUGUGAUACUAGGACGAUCGGCCUGUAUAACAGGCUAUGGAAAACGAAAGGUCUCAAUGUGUACUGCCGUAAUGCUCAGUCAUUCCCGAUUUACAUCGAGGUGAUGAUGGGGUCGAUGUAAGAAAAGCACAUCGUAGCUUCGUGCCUGACCCCAACUGCGAAAUCAUGUUAUGAUAAAUCUUUCGCUGGCAAAAUAUGGUGUGUGGGUACUCCUGAUUUCAAACUGCCCAUUCCUUCGUGUGCCGGCGACUGCUGCUUCUUCGCGGAUCUCGUAGACCCGUGUUCUACAUUGUUCAGCUUCGUAACGAUGGAACCGAGCCCAGUACUGAUUCUGCUAAGUCGUGUUGUAAAAGUAAGCUGCAUCGAUAUUGAAAUUGAUGCGCAAUUUGAAGAACAGGACUCGACCGCUCCGCUUUGUGAGAUGGUGCCCUGCUUGGCC